AUGAAGCCUUCAUUGAUUCGGACAACUCUAAUAACUGAGUCUUUGACGCCGUGCCUCUUCGAAUGGCUGAAGAGCCUGCUGAUCAACAACAAGUUGUCAGUGCUGAAGACGGUGGUGCAGACAGCCUUCCUGCUGCUGAUGAGCCAGUGGUCAGUGCUGACCAGGAUGGCUUGGGCACACCUCACUGACAUCAUUUGGCCUGAUCUGAAACCCGCCCCCUGCGUUCUGAAUCUGCUGAAGAAGCAGAAAGGGGAAACUGACCAGGAAACUGACACGAAUCCUGAGGUCCCCGAGGUUUUCAGCAAACCGAAGCGUUUUUACGCCGUUGGCAUCAGAUCAUUCUUGGCAAUAUUGGUCUGGGACGUCAUACAACAAGUUCCCCGUGUGGCCUUGCGAUGUCCUAAUAUCUAUGAAGCGUUCGCGAACCGCAAAGUCCACAAUAUCGACCCUAGAGGCCUUCAUUUUCUGCAGAAGUAUUUGAACAAAGUUGGGGCCAGCUUUCCAGAUUUGAGAUUGCAAUUGCCUGCUCCCCUGCGUGCCUAA